AUGGCGUUGAGACUUAAAGGCUUAGAUUUUGCUAGGGAAAAUAUAAGUGGACAUUUGUCCUACAAUGGCAGUUAUGAAUUACAGGAUCUUCUACCUGAUAAUGACUACCUAAAGCAAACAGUACCGGUGGUGGUGCUUUUUGUAUUGUUCUAUGUCUUCAACUUCUGCCUUUGCAUCGUUGGGAACAUCAUGGUGUGCUUUGUGAUCUUGAAGAUGCCGCGUAUGCAGACUGUCACAAACUUCUUCCUCCUAAACCUGGCUGUGAGUGAUCUUCUUGUUGCAGUCUUCUGUAUGCCGUUCACACUGGUGGACAACAUCAUAAGAGGUUGGCCAUUUGGAGAUGUCAUGUGUAAGCUGACGCCUGCCGUCCAGGUGGUCUCCGUUGCUGCUUCAGUCUUCACAUUAGUAGCGAUUGCAGUUGACAGAUUUUAUUCGGUCGUUCAUCCAACUGAGCCCAAAUUCACCAUUCGUGGGGUGCAGAAGAUCGUCAUAGUGGUCUGGUCUUUAGCCCUCUUCAUCAUGGUGCCUCAGGUCCUGCUGAUUGAAGAUACGACGAUUACCCUUCAGGUCUUCAAAGAGACACUCUCGUUGCAUAUUUGUGCAGAGACCUCUCAGCUAUGGAGAAAAGUGUAUACGGUUCUGCUUUUCACUACGUGCUAUGUAAUCCCUUUGGUCGUUAUCGUACUUUUGUACAUAAGGAUUGGAUUGAAAGUAUGGGAGAAACCAAUUCCUGGAGGUCAACAAGCUCCAACACAGGUCAAGCAGGCUUCCUGGAAAAGAAAAGUCAAGGUGGUGAAGAUGUUACUAGCUGUGGUUGUGUUAUUUGCAUUUUCGUGGUUGCCAUUGCACACGAUGUCUUUGCUUUCAGAUCACGGAUUUCUCUCACCUUAUCAAGAAGACAUAGUCAAUGUUUAUAUAUAUCCCAUAGCUCAUUGGUUAUCAUACUUCAACAGCUCUGUGAACCCUAUCAUAUAUGGGUAUUACAACGAAAACUUCCGUAAUGCAUACAAAUCUAUGAUGUGCGAUUCAAAGAACGGUUUUGUCCCAACUCCUUACACCAAGACAACUUCACGGUCACCGGCGUUAUCCAAUAGGACAAAUAUUUCUCCACAAACCAGAAGAAGUGUUAAUGUAGAAGAAGUCCAACUCGAAGUAGUUGUGACACAUUUGGUUGUUGAUAAUCACCUAGCACCACCAUUAUAA